GUUGCCAACACAAACACCUCUGUCCAACCUGGAAGCGGAACUACGUCCGGUGUUGACCCGGAAGUGAAGGUCAUUUUUUUGUCAACACAUGUUCGGACCUCGCAGCCAUGCGUGUGGAGGCAGAAAGCUGCUCCCAGCUCUAGUUUGUGGUGAUUUAAAAUAUAAAAAUGUCCAAAGAUAUUUCGUCGUCAUCGAGUGAAGAUGAAGCAAAGAAUCCAGCCGCGGAACCGCCGCCUGAAACCAACAGAAAGAAGACGAAGUACGAGUGUCCUGAGGACUUUGCGUGUUUCUGCCAUGCUCCCUGCAGCAGCACGCUAACGGCUAACCUGACCGCGGGUGAGAAUGAGCUGUGGCUCAUCAAAGCUCCGGCCAGCUUCGACCCAAAGUGCUUGAGCGGCGUUCGGGUUCCUCUCUCGGGUCUUCAGACGGUGACGGUUCCUGCUGCAGGAGAGACCGGCGGAGGCCCGCGGGUCUUCAGCAUCCUGGCAUCGAACCGCUGCUCCUCAGAGCUUCGACUGAUGACUGCGGACCGGCCGUCUUCAGACGGCGCCACUUUAGCUCCGACAUUCUCAGGCCUGCUCAACGUGUGUGAGAGCUACGCAGAUGGCACCGCCAACCGGGUCCCUCGAGUCAUCCCCAUAGCUCCGGCACCGUCCAUCCCGCCCGGGCUCAAACAGCGCUUCCUCCCCUUUGGCAGCAAGGUUCCCACUUUGACCUACAUAGCAGAAAGCGAGGUGGACGGCGCUGCCUUUGGUCCCUCGUCCACCACGCUCCGCCCACUCGUGUUCAAGACGUUCGUAGAAGAAGCGUCUCAGGAGAGACGGGAGGACGGCGCGGAAGAGGACGGCAGGAAAAAGAAGAAGAAGAAAAAGAAAGAAAGGAGGAUAAAGUCAGAAGAAAUGCAGGAAGUUCUGAGAGUGAAGCAGGAACCUUUAGAUGCACCUGAGGAGGAAGCGGCGAUUCCCUUCCAGGAGAAGAGGAAGAGGAAGAGGAAGAAGAAGGACUGGGAGCGGGAGGAGGUGGAGGAGGGACUGGAGCCCAGCGUGAGGGUGAAGGCGGCGGCGGUGAAAUCAGAACCAGUAGACUUUUUUUAUGGUGGCGCAGCAGAACCGUGGAGUAAAAAGAAGAAGAAAAGCAAACAUGAAGGCGACUAGUUCAGCAGACUGGUGGCACCGGAUCAUCCAGCAUCUCGUUUUAAUCCGGAGCGAGGGACGAGUUCAGCUGGUUGGAGGGAAAACAAGGAGGUGGAUUUUCUAGAAUGGUCCGUUUGUUUGUUCUCAGCUGCAGAUGUGAUCAGGAUGAGUGUCCGAGCUUGAAUAAACCUCCAGAGUCAGGAGAAAUGCA